CAUUUUGAGGAUAUAUGGGUAUGUAGUCUGAAUGAAAUUAGGGACAAUUAACGACCUGUCAAAGCAAUAAACGUGGCUCAAAUGGGUUUGAGAACAGAAAUGGGGCAUCCGAUUUCUAUGGAGCAAACGUGUACUGCUUGCUUUCUAGCUAGCUAGCAAUGCAGUCUGUUGUUCUGAAUUACGCAAGCAACGUAUUGCAAAUUCCUGACUUUAAACCGAACCGUCAGAUCUGAGGCAACUGGGAUUUUAGGCUGAAAAACGACUAGAACGGAAUUCUGGACCUAGAAGGGGAAACGACUAGCUUAUUGACUUGAUUAACGAUACUUCACGACGUGGUAACUGACUGUUGGGGAGAGAGAGGGGUCCCGACCAACUGAUAUGAGCACAGCUCCACGGCACAUGACUUGCUGAAGCGUUGGCACUCCCUCAGCAGCAGUGUGUGACCUGACCAGGUUGGGAGAGCCGGACUGUGGCGGCUUGGUGGAGGUGAGGGGGUUCGGGACAGUCUCCCCAUGUCGGCCCGAAACGGCUCAGCCAGCGACGCAGAGUGUCACAUCUCAGAGGAGAGCCACGGCCUGGACGAUGCAGCGCUGACGGAGCUGGGGCCCUUGUUGGAGGGAUCAGCAUGUCCGGGAGCCACCAAGGGGGGAGUCACGGGGUCCGCUGGGGCCUCUCCUCUCUCCGAUGACGAGGAAGAUGAGGAUGAGGCGGACGAAGGGGUGCGGGUGAUUACGUUACCCCUGCAGGCCCACCACGCCAUGGAGAAGAUGGAGGAGUUUGUGCACAAGGUCUGGGAGGGUCGGUGGAGGGUGAUCCCGUACCACCUCCUGCCCGAGUGGCUGAAGGACAAUGACUACCUGCUGCACGGACACCGGCCGCCCAUGCCCUCCUUCCGGGCCUGCUUCGGGAGCAUCUUCCGCAUCCACACCGAGACGGGGAACAUCUGGACACACAUGCUGGGUCUGAUCCUGUUCCUGUUUCUGGGCACGCUCACCAUGCUGCGGCCCAACAUGUACUUCAUGGCCCCUCUGCAGGAGAAGGUGGUUUUCGGGAUGUUCUUUCUGGGCGCCGUGCUGUGCCUCUGCUUCUCCUGGCUCUUCCACACCGUGUACUGCCACUCAGAGAAAGUGUCCCGGACCUUCUCCAAGUUGGAUUACUCGGGCAUCGCCCUGUUGAUCAUGGGCUCCUUCGUGCCCUGGCUGUACUACUCCUUCUACUGCUCGCCACAGCCUCGGCUCAUCUACCUCUCCGUCGUCUGCAUACUGGGCAUCGCCGCCAUCGUGGUGGCCCAGUGGGACCGUUUCGCCACCCCCCGCCACCGGCCCACCCGGGCAGGGGUGUUCUUGGGCCUGGGACUGAGUGGUAUCAUUCCCACAAUGCACUUCACCAUAGCUGAGGGAUUCGUGAAGGCCACCACGGUGGGCCAGAUGGGCUGGUUCUACCUGAUGGGUGCCAUGUACAUCACUGGUGCUGGCCUGUAUGCUGCCAGGAUCCCAGAGCGAUACUUCCCUGGCCGGUGUGAUAUCUGGUUCCAGUCGCACCAGAUCUUCCACGUCCUGGUGGUGGCCGCGGCCUUCAUCCACUUCUACGGCAUAUCUAACCUUCAGGAGUUCCGCUACGGGCUGGAGGGGGGCUGCACUGACGACUCCCUGCUCUGAACAUAACCGCCCACCCCCCCUACACCCUCCACUGACGACUCCCUGCUCUGAACAUGACUGCCCACCCCCCCUACACCCUCCACUGACGACUCCCUGCUCUGAACAUGACCGCCCACCCCCCCUACACCCUCCACUGACGACUCCCUGCUCUGAACAUGACCGCCCACCCCCCCUACACCCUCCACUGACGACUCCCUGCUCUGAACAUGACCGCCCACCCCCCCUACACCCUCCACUGACGACUCCCUGCUCUGAACAUGACUGCCCACCCCCCCUACACCCUCCACUGACGACUCCCUGCUCUGAACAUGACCGCCCACCCCCCCUACACCCUCCACUGACGACUCCCUGCUCUGAACAUGACCGCCCACCCCCCCUACACCCUCCACUGACGACUCCCUGCUCUGAACAUGACCGCCCACCCCCCCUACACCCAUCACCCACCCACCAAACCUUUCUUCCCUUUCUUACUCCACCCCAUGCACCACUUUAAGGUAUCUGCACCUUCCCCACCUUCCCAAGUGCCAGUGGAAAGUGCCAUCUCCUGGGCUACCCCCCCGCCAGUCUUCUCCACUGGUCACAUUCGGACUCCGUGGCACAUCCGUACUUUUGUGAACCCCAAACGGGUGUGCUCACCAGAUAAAAAGCUAAACCAGGAGGGGAUAGGAGGAAGAAGCACCAACAAGUCACUUCUUCUCCUGAUCUUAGGCACGUCUUUGGGAGAGAGCCUUCCUAUUUUGUUUUUUUUGUCUUUAAAAUCGCUCUCUUAUAUGUAGGUGGAGAGGGGUGAAUACCAGUCUUGGGGCAGACGGGUCAAUAUUAGUCUUGGGGCAGACGGGUGAAUACCAGUGUUGGGGCGGAAGGGAGGAGGAAGGUUGUCAGAAGGUGGAUGGAGCUGUUGCUGCCCUCUCUCACUGAUUUCACCGUCGAGCACAAGCCCAUGCCCUUUCGGCUGGUUGUCCCGACUUUUAUAAUGCCCUUCUUUCUCUGCGCAAACUUAUACAUAAUGACACACUCCUGUCUGUCAGUGGAAGAUGAUCACAAAGCUUCAGCUGACUGGAUUAUUGGCAGGCCUAAUUCUUAUAAGCACAGCCACAAUUGGGAAAUGGGACGAAACUGCAGUUAGCAGAGACGAUAAUCAGGUUAUUGAUAAUUCUUGGGUAAAGAGGUGAAAAUGAGACUGUUGCCUGAGGGGAGGGGGCAAUUGAUCAGUAGUGGGUAGAAUAAGCAAAUUUCCUAUAGUUCUCUACAAAAAGGUAUAACUCAAGGUGGCUGAACGCUUUUUGCUGCACAUCCCAGUCAGUUGUUUGGUUCAGCCGUUCACUUAAUCCAUUCCUCAAAGCAUGAUUCGAUGGUCGUCACCAGACUUCCCUGGUCCUUUGAAGGGAGUCUAAAGAGAUGGAUGACAUGUUUAACUGUAAGACUCUUAAUUGUAUGUCAGGUAACACUACUGGGAGAAAGUUGGGGUCACAAUUGCAGACUCUUGCUUCUUAGGCCUUGUUUGAAAAUCAUCUGUAAUAUCCAUGAUUUGUUAUUUGAGCUGUAAUAUAACGUUGUGGAUAUGUGCUCCUGUGAGAGGUUUGUUGGGAGCAGAUGGAGGACGGGGGUGAAAUGUCACGUACGGAAAGUGCUCUGGGCCUCGAUUUCGAAAGGAGAAAAAAAACUGCAGCGGGUAGCAUCGGAUUCACUUUGUCCCAUUUCCUUUUUUCACCUGGGAUGGCCAGACAGCAGCAUUUCCAGAAACAUGGUGCUUGUGGACGUUGGGGCCAAAGCAAGGUGACUGAAGCGGAACGAGACCGCAGAUGCACGGCCGGGCAGGGCUGGAAAAGCGGCUUCCAUGCCGACUACAUGGUGGAUGCGCCGCAAAGACAUCAGAGAGAAACUGUCGCGCGUGACAACUGAGCCACAAGGAGGCGCUCUCACGGGAAGCACACAGCGUUACUGGGUUGUGGGAGUUAUGAUUGUGUGGUGGGGGGGGGGUAAUUCUGCUGUGUCUGAGGGUUAGUUUUAAAAUGUGACCAGGCUCACUUUUGGGAUAUAAAAUUAAUAAGUUACACAAAUAAGAGCCCAAAUGAAGUGUAAAAAAUCCUUAAAAUCUCAGAUGUGUGUAGCUGUUUAGCAUUGAAGCUGCUGUACUGGUCACACCUGUGACACGUUAAUGAAUAUGUUCUAGGUUCUUGUGGAGCUGCCAUUCUUAGACUUUAUUGAGCAUAUACAAUCUGCACCUUUCUGGAUAGCAAUUCCUGGUGGACAGCAUAAUUGUAAUGUGUAGUGCAGAACACAGCUCUUUGCCUGAUCUCUGUUCAUUGUGAAGUACAUCGUAACUUGGCACCAUUCAUUAUGAUGAACCGGUAAGUAACACGGUCAAUGUCUGCUGAGGGUUAAAAUGUAUAUUAGAUUUUUUGGGGUUAAAUUCCAGUAUUUUCCUGUGCCUUAAGCUAAUGGAAAAAGACAAAAAAAAAAAGAACAAGAUUGUCAGUAUUGAUCAGCAAGAUACAGGGCAAGAUGUUUCAGAAUGUAUGAAACUAGGUCACUUUAAGUUGAAUUUUUAGAAUUGCUUUUAUUUUAUUUAUUUUGUAAAAAUAUUUCCAAGACAAAUCAAUGAAACGCACAUCAUGCUGCUGUACAUAAAACUGGUGUUUUUCUCUCCUUUCAAGUUUGCUUUUGGUUGGGUGCUAAUAUAAGCUAAACAAUUUCUCUGUACAUUCAUGACAAUCUCAUGAAACACAUUGUCCACCUAAAUGUAAAAUGUGAUAUUAAAUAUUGAAUAAUGCUUAAAAUGGGA